AUGUUUAAUCAUGUUGUUGGGGGCACUGAGGGUACGGGUGCGCCAAUCCCGUUACCUGAGCCCAAAUGUCAUUACGGCAAUUGUCACGCAACGGACCCCAAAAAACUGAACGUACAUUUAGUGCCUCACACUCACAACGAUGUCGGUUGGCUCAAGACGUUGGACCAGUACUACUGGGGCUCCAAACAGGGCGUACAGAACGCCGGCGUUCAGUAUAUACUGGAUUCGGUGGUACAGGCGCUCGACGGAGAGCCCGACCGCCGGUUCAUAUACGUCGAGACGGCAUUCUUCUGGAAGUGGUGGACACACCAGACAGAUACUAUCAAAGACACUGUCAAACGAUUAGUUAAUAAUGGUCAGUUAGAGCUGAUCAGCGGUGGCUGGAGUAUGAAUGAUGAGGCAAACUCACACUACAGCGCUAUCAUUGAUCAAAUGACGUGGGGUUUCAAACGGCUCCGGGAUAUACUGGGCGAGCCAUGCGGUGUGCCCCGUAUCGGGUGGCAGAUCGACCCUUUUGGCCACAGCCGAGAACAGGCCUCCUUAAUGGCACAGAUGGGUUUUGAUGGCAUGUUUUUCUCAAGACUGGACUACGAGGACAGGGAUAAGAGGGUCAGAGACCGGACCCUAGAGAUGGUUUGGCGCGGAAGCGAUGAUAUACCCGGCGAGCGCUCGGACCUGUUUACCGGUGCCAUGUAUUUGGGAUAUGGUAUGCAUUCUGUGCUGUGCUUUCCGUUUAGGGCUGUUAUUACCGAUUGUCUGACCGAUAGCAAUACGACCGCCUAUUGCUGGGAUUUGGUUGGCUGUAACCCUGGAGUGAUGGCCCCGUCGGGUGUCAGCACCCAAAACGACCCGAUUAUUGACGACCCGGAGUCCGAGGACUACAACGUGGACUCAGUUGUCGCCGGUUUUGUAGACUAUAUGCAAAAGUACAGCAAAAUGUAUGCCACAAAUCACAUGAUGUUUCCAAUGGGCGAAGACUUUCAAUACAUGGCCGCCAAUCCGUGGUUCAAAAACAUGGACAAACUUAAACAGUAUGUGAACGCCCGGCGCUCAUACAUACGGCUCCUGUACUCGACGCCCGCCUGUUAUCUGAAGGCUCUUCACGAGUCGAACCACACUUUCCCGACCAAAUCGGACGACUUUUUCCCGUACGCCUCAGACCCGCACUCCUAUUGGACGGGUUGUUUCACGAGUCGACCGGCACUCAAACGGUACGAAAGGGUCGGCAAUAAUAUGCUUCAGACGUGCAAACAGUUGGAUGUGUUGGGCUGGCCGGAGGGCGCCGACAGUAAUGAGGGUCGGGUGAGUGCACUGCGGGAAUGGAUGGGUGUUAUGCAACAUCACGACGCCGUCACCGGCACUGAAAAACAACACGUGGCCAACGAUUACGCCCUUAAACUCUAUAAGAGUGUCGACAAGUGUAGGCAAGUAGUGGCCGAGGGGUUGAAUAAACUGAUGGUAAAACAGCCGCAGCUCUGGGAAGGCUCGCCUCUAGUGGUGGACCGACUCUUUUGCGAGAAUCUUAAUGUCAGCGCCUGUCCGGUGACCGAAUCGGACGAUUCACUCGCUGUUACAAUAUAUAACCCGAUGGGACGUACGGUUAGCCAUACCGUACGGCUGCCGGUCGUCAACAAAGUGUUCACAGUAUUGGAUCCGUUGGGAAAGUCUGUCUCGUCGACAAUAGUGCCGAUACCGGCGCCAGUGCUGGCGAUUCCCGGCCGACAGAGUAAAGCUAGGGAUGAGUUGGUGUUUGAAGCGGUGGUACCGCCGGUCGGGUUCGCCACGUAUUUUGUCCGCCAAAAUAGUCCCCAAUCCGUACCGAUUGAACCGAUUGUCCGCAAAAUUACCGCCAGUUUUUCUGCCAAAGCCAACAGUUUUGAUGUAAUGUUUGACAAAACCGGACAAAUGACUGCCAUUAGACUCCCCGGCGGUCAGUCUGUGGCCGUUGACCAGAGUUUUGAAUACUACCGGUCACUGCCGGGCAAUAAUACGGCGCCGCAGUUCCGGGCGUCCGGUGCCUAUGUGUUCAGACCGGACGGACCGUCCAAACCAUACAAUAACACCGAUUCAGAGGCGCCGACAUUAGUACAGAGCCCGGGGCUGACGGAAAUACACCGUAGGGUUAACGAGUAUAUCAGUCAAGUAAUACGAGUGGCCGCCGAUAUAGACUACAUAGAGCUGGACUACGUGUGCGGACCCAUACCUGUGCUCACCGAUGGUGUGGGCAAAGAGAUUAUCAUCCGUUUUGACACUAAUCUUACCACAAAUGGUGUGUUGUAUACGGACUCUAACGGCCGACAGUUGUUGAAACGUGAGCGCAACCGACGGCCGACAUGGGAUAUGACGGUAACCGAAGCCCAAUCGGGUAACUAUUACCCCAUAAACACACGACUGGCCAUUCGUGACGAGCGUCAGGGCCUGCAGUUCACUGUACUUAACGAUAGAGCACAGGGAGGGGCGAGUCUGACGGACGGCGCCGUUGAGCUAAUGGUUCACAGGCGGACACUAUAUGACGAUCGGUUUGGUGUGAAUGAACCCCUCAAUGAGACUGGUGUUGACGGCCAGGGGCUGGUCAUUAGGGGUCAGUUGCGGCUAUUGUUAUCCAGUGUGGAAAUGGCGGCCGAACAGCACCGGGAGUUGGCUCAGCGCUGGUAUAUGGAACCAAUGGUGACGUUUGCCAAAUAUGGCGGCACUCCAGAGGAAUAUCUGAAGAAUUUUAGAACCAAUUACUCGGUCUUAAGUGAAGAGUUGCCCAAAAAUGUGCAUUUAUUAACGUUAGAACAAUGGAGAGCCGAUGCCGACGGGUCGGCGCGAGUGUUGAUACGUUUGGAGCACUUUUAUCAACGAAAUGAGUCCAAGAGUUUGUCCGCACCGGUAGUCAUACAAUUGGACCGACUCUUCGCCCCCUUUGUUGUGAGCGAAGCGUCCGAACAGACAUUGGGUGCCAAUCAAGACGUGCGGGCAUUCAGUGAUAGGCUUCGGUUUCAGACGAUUAAUGAUGGUUUAAAACGUGAUAAAACUUAUAGUAAAGUUAAUGGCAAUGAUUUGACGAUUACGUUGAAUGCAAUGGAAAUCAAAACAUUUAUUGUUAAAAUUGUAAAAAAUGUAUAA